AUGUCGUUUGUUCUAGGGACAGAAGCACGCGAAGAGGCAAAAAAGUCUCUUCGUGGUAUUAUUGGCCAUAUUGCAGAUGAGGCACAGAAGAACGGGAACCAGAGUCAUCAUGAGCCCAUAAUACUUGUGUUGAACACCAAUAUUUACCUAGUGAAGGAGAAAGACUUCACUCCCCGGAUAAUUCCCGUUACGCACAAGCUACACAAAAUAGACGAAAAGACAAUCUUGCUCAUCACACGGGAUCUGAGCUUCAAAGAGCAUUUUACCAAAGCUGGCUCACCUACAGAAGACUUGUUCCAUCAAAUUAUCCCGUUCCAGAAAAUUAAGCUGAUAGGCCAAAGCCACAAGAACUUGGUCCGGCUCUACAAGGAAAACGAUAUUGUUUUGGCUGAUACCAGAAUUCAUCAGCGUUUGCCUUCCAUCUUAGGGAGUCAGUUCUAUGCGAAGAACAAGAAAGUGCCAUUUAAGGUUCUCAUGGCCAAGCCUGAACCAGGACGCCGAACGCAUGGAAAAAUUAACCAAGAAUGCGAUGUCAAGUUUGUUCGGUCUCAAGUGAAGGCCAUCACUGGCAACGCAAGCUUUAUUCCUCCGGCACACGGCAAUUGCAUCAAUAUCGUUGUAGGAUAUUCAGAUUGGAAGAUCUCAGAGCUACUCACCAAUAUCAACGACGUUAUUCUCUACCUUGUGGAUGAAAAAGCUUUACCUGUUGGAGGUCUUUUGCGCAAAGUGGAGAAUUUGCAUAGCGUUCUUGUACGUACGAGUAACAGUGUUGCAUUGCCCGUGAUGAAGAAAAGAGAAGAGAAAGAGAAAGAGGAGAGUGACAUGAGCGAUUUAGAUUUCGACUAG